CCGCAGAGCACUAGAAACGUAAAGACUCGUGAAGCGAGCAGUUGCACCCUGCGCGAUAUCGCGGGUGCAUUAAUUUAUUUUACUUUAUUUUUUUUUCAACCUUUUUCGUCAAAGGCAACGCGCGCGCGCGCUGAACCGUUAGUUGACAGAUUUCCAGCCGGAGUUGGCGACGCUUUUCGCAAAAGUUCGUGGCCCUCUCGCGUGAUGUUCCUAUGAGCGGGUGAGCGAACUUUGAACUGGUGGAAGAAACACUUCCUUUCGUUGAAACGCUUCCUCCGUUGCUUCGUGGGAGUGUGCUUGCCCCCGUUUUCCCGAUGACUCCGUCCUUUUCGCGAACACUCAAAUCGUGAAAAAAAGGAGCUGCUUCUUUCGGCCCUCCUCGACUGCAGAUCGUUUACCCUUCGACGAACAUUCGGCGCGCGAGACGGUCCGAUCGAUGAGGACAGAAACGCCGUUCGUGGCUGUUUGUAAUUGAGUGCGCGAGUGUAGUGCCGUAGCAGAGUGGUGGUGCUCUUCUCGUUAGAGAACUUUCUUUAUUUAUUGUUUUUUUUUUGUUUCGUCGUUUGGUUGUGCGUGCGAGAAAACACAAGAAAAAAAAUUCACCAUGACGGAAACGGAGGGUGCAUCGAGGGCUUUCGACAGCAUCAACUUGGAAUCAUGGGACAUUGUGGUCAUCGUUGCGUACUUCGUGGGAGUGAUCGCCGUUGGUGCCUGGUCAUCAUGGAGGAGCAGUCGGUCUUCCAUGAGUGGCUACUUCUUGGCCAGCAGGAGCAUGCACUGGAUACCCGUUGGUGCUUCGCUGUUCGCCAGCAACAUCGGAAGCGGUCAUUUCGUCGGUCUCGCCGGGUCCGGCGCAGCUACGGGCAUUGGCAUCGCGGGAUUUGAACUGAACGCUGUCUUCAUUCUCAUGAUCCUGGGAUGGUUCUUUGUCCCCGUCUACGUCGCCUCAGGGGUGUACACGAUGCCAGAGUACCUGCGCAAGAGAUUCGGCGGCCAGCGGAUACGGGUCUACCUGUCCGUGUUGGCCCUUCUCUUGUCCAUCUUCACGAAAAUCUCGGCGGAUCUGUUCGCCGGAGCCAUCUUCAUCAAGCAAGCUCUGGACUGGAACCUCUACGUAUCCGUCUGUGUACUCCUGGCCAUCGCCUGCAUAUUCACCGUUGCCGGUGGUCUUAGCGCCGUGAUUUGGACAGACUUUGUACAGACGAUCCUCAUUGUUGUGGGAGCCUUUGUCCUCAUGGUGCUGAGUUUCAUCCGAGUGGGUGGCUACGAGAAGCUGAUGCGAGACUUUGCCUUCGCCGAGCCGACCAACAACAGCUACGUGCAGUUCGACCUGGACAACACGUCUUGCUCCAAGGUGCCCGACAACUACAACCACCUGCUGCGCUCGGCAUCGGACUCUCAGCUGCCGUGGACGGGAAUGGUGUUUGGUCUGACCAUCGCCGGAGUCUGGUACUGGUGCUCGGACCAGGUUAUCGUCCAAAGAGCCCUGUCUGCGAAGAACAUGGUUCACGCCAAGGCUGGUUGCAUCCUUGCCGGCUACCUCAAGCUCCUCCCCCUCUACCUCCUUGUCCUGCCUGGCAUGGCUGCUCGUAUCCUGUUUCCAGAUCUGGUCGGUUGCUCGAAUCCCGAUCGGUGCCGAGAAAUCUGUGGCAGCGAGAACGGCUGCACCAACAUUGCCUACCCUCUGCUCGUCGUCAAGCUGAUGCCAAUCGGUGCUCGUGGCAUGAUGCUGUCCGUGAUGCUCGCCGCCCUGAUGUCUUCGCUGACGUCCAUCUUCAACAGUUCCUCGACAAUCUUCACCAUCGACAUCUGGAAGAAGUUUCGCAAGCACGCCUCCGACGUCGAGCUGCUCAUCGUCGGCCGUUCCUUCGUCGUCGUCCUGGUCGCACUGAGCAUCGUGUGGAUUCCCAUCAUCGAGCACUUCCCUGGCAGCCAGCUGUUUCACUACAUCCAGAGCGUCACCAGCUACCUGGCACCGCCCGUGUGCGCCGUCUACGUCUUGGCUGUCUCCUGGAAGCGCGUCAACGAACCCGGCGCCUUCUGGGGACUGAUGGUCGGCUUGGUCGUCGGCCUCGCUCGAUUCGCCUGGGAGUUCUCGUACGCCGUGCCCAGUUGCGGCAGCGGAGUGGCUGACCCCAGGCCCAGCAUCAUCUCUCAAGUGCACUACCUGCAUUUUGGUGCGAUUCUGUUCAUCGUCUCGGUCAUCACCACGGCAGUCGUCAGCCUUCUCACGCCGCCCAUUGACGAGAGACAUCUCUAUCGGUUGACCUUUUCGACGAGAUUCAGCACCAAGGUCAGGGAAGAACUGGACAAGCCAAAGAAGGUGGUGCCGCCCACGGUCAGCGCAGUCACCGGAGGUGCGGACAACCUGGCGUACAACAAGAGCACGGACAACCUGGCUUCCAACGAUGUGCCCAUGAACAUUAAGGGCCACACGUCGCCGCACGAAGUGAUGCAAGCCCCGAGGAAGGAGCUGAGAGGCUUCAAGAAGGCGCUGUUCUGCAUCUGUGGCGUCACCUCCGCGCACGAGGAAGAGCAGGAGAUGGCGGCCAACCAAGUGCCACCCAUGAGUCCCGAGCAGGAGGCCCAGGACGCCGUCGCGGCCCUGGACGAGAGUCGCGUUUGGGGCACCGUGUGCACUCUCAACGCCGUCUUUCUCAUCGCUGUGUGCGCGUUCGUCUGGGGAUUCUACGCCUGAACAGCAACGGCUGCAGCUACCGAGCAGCCGUGAACUCAAGCUGCGACGCCACACUUCCAGUCAGCACGAUGCGUGCUCGCGUCCUUGUGACACCGGGGUGAUUGUGACCGCGAAACUAGCGACGACCCCGCCGUGUCCUAGUGCUUCUGGAACAUUUAGUGAAGUGCUAGAGCAGCGCCAGACAAAUUGGAAACAGUGCCUCAUUUGACGACCGUCCACUUGGCGCGACAGUUGUACCCUCGUGCGCUGCCGUACCCUACCGUAGUACGUAGCACGGUACCGUAGUUCGUUAUCCGAUUACUGGAGCUUUAGAGCAGACGGGAAUGUGCUUGUAUAGGCGCAUAUUCGGAAUACAGGAAGGCUUCUGCGGGAACAGCAAGUGCUGGUGGCGACAUUUUGUGGGGCCAGGGCUCAAUCACAUGCGCCGUAACCUUCAUUGCAUUCGCAAGCCUGUUCGAUAUGCCUGAUUGCAGGAACGUGUCGGUAGCCUACUAAUCUUUACGAAGCUACUUUUGUACCUUCUUUUACCUGAUAAAGCAACAGAUCAUGCAGCGGGUCAUGCAACAGGUAAUGUUUCCGACACGUCGAGGCCGGUCAUUGUGUGACAAAAUGUAUACCACCAACGCUGUUUCCGCACACGCAUGUUAUUUGUCGGCACUCCUUGUUUGGUCACAUAUGUGGACGAAUAUGUUUACUCCAGUGUACACGUCAGCGCUACGUGAUAACUCCUUUUUACCUGGUAGCUUCCGGCGCUCCCCUGGACGACGGACGUUGACAAAGUACUCCCCUGCGUCAUGAAGACGAGCCACUGUACGGAAUGUUUAUGUACUGACCCACCACGGUGGUGUAGUGGUUAUGGUGCUCGACUGCUGACCCGAAGGUAGCGGGAACGAAUCCUGGCCGCGGCGGCAGCAUUUUCGAUGGAGGCGAAAAUGCUUGAGACCCGUGUGCUUAGAUUUAGGUGCACGUUAAAGAACCCCAGGAGGUCGAAAUUUCCGGAGUCCUCCACUACGGCGUCCCUCAUGAUCAUAUAGUGCUAGUGGGACGUUAAACCCGAACAAUAAUUCUUAUUAGGAACGUUUAUUGUGCUUGAACUCGUGGAAUCUGUGAUAGCACGCCUUUUAUGUUGCAGAGACUGGUGAUCCAUGGUUCAGUGCUUGUGUUUUGUAUGUUGUCUGUGCCGUGAUGCUACUGUUUCUGUUGUAUACUUUCUCUGUUGUAACAGCGCUGGACGCUUUGCCGACAAUUUAAAGUUGAAAGCUUGGGGUGCAACGGGUCGACGAGUUUUUAAACCCGCUUUCACGAACGCCGUGGUUCACCCCUUCGAAUCAACGCGCGCUCACGAAAGUGCAGGGACCUGGAGUUUGCCGCCGCUGUCGUAAUGGUAGAACGUGUUGUACAGAACGUGCAUUAGCGUUGCCAUGGGAACUACAAGAAUAAUGAGCUCAUAAGUGAUAAUUUGGACACAUCACCAGAUAGCAAGAGGAUUAUAAGAAUGCGGUGGUAGAGGACAUCAGAGCCAACAUCGUGACGCAUAUGCAAGGACGAUAAACGUCAGCGGUGUUUUUGCUUGAACUAUGCACGCUAAAGGUAAAACAUGGUUAUUCGAUUUCUUUACGUUAAUUUUUGUCCACUCUUGCUUCAGGUAUGCGUUUCGGUUUUGAAUCAAAAUGAAAGAAUUAAACAGUCAGAGGGCCUUGUAGGAUGUAGUUCGUGCCGGAACGAGUGGUUGUCCAUUGCGGUACUCAGAUGUGCCUUAAAUACAGCAGCGGGGUUUGUGCGAACCAAAGAACGCAAAAAGUGUUUUUUUUUUCUUCGUGCGUACGAAACGUACGGAGGGUCGAACGGUGCGUGGGUUUGACGGCAUAGCCAGUCGGAGCUCGUUGGCUCUAGCAAUGGCAUUAGUCUUCAUCCGCACACAGCUCUACUAUAUAGGUAUGUGUAAUGUAUGACAAUGAUGUGCACGCUUGCAAUUUUUUAAAUAUCUCGCGAGUUCUGACCCCUCGACAUGGUAGCGUCUAAUAUAGGCGAGAGGUAACGAGAUUCCCUACAUGAUGCGCAAGCGCCGAGAGUACACUCGUGCGCAUGCGCCUCUGCUGCGCUGUUUGCUUAGAGAUACAUACACAAUAUCAGAUUUUCUGUGAAAUCACGUGUUCAGAAAGCCGCUGUGACCCUGAUCGUUGUAUCGCUGAUCUCGUUUCUUCUUGCCGAUAGUAGAAUCUACCGUAUCCUGAGCUCUAUGCUCGCGUGAUAUUAUUAAAAAAUUGCAAGGGUGUACUUCAUACGGUUACAUUGAGAAAUAUUGUUUCCCACCGCUGCAGUACAGUCGUUUUUUGAAGUCUGCCUACAUCUUAGACGCGCGUGUAACCCAAUGUGACAGCCUACAUUUGAAGUCGAAACACGAAAUGAUGUCGACGUUGAGUUGCACGCGGCAGAUAAUUUUUUUUUGCAAUGUACAUAUUUCUGAGUGAAUGCUUGCCCUACUUUCCAAUUCUUUAGCCAGCGCUAAUCAGGCUUUGACAGUCUUGAAGGACUAGCUUCCAGGAAAAUAUAGGAAGCUGGACCUGAAUGUCUUGACUGGCACUGAUAGAAUUUUGAAAUAUUUCACUAAAACCAGUCAUUUCACUUCGUCAUGCAGUGCAGAAUUUAAAAAAAAAGCAAAAACGAAAGAGUGAUUACAGCAGUGUCAGCGCUAGCUUGAUUAUCAGACGGGGUUGCUCAUUCUGAGCCGGUUUUUGGUUCGCUUAACUAUACGUAACCACGGAAUACAUCCGGCACUCAGUUCGUACACCGAGUUAUUAGUUCGGGUAUUCAAGUUAUACAUUCUUUACGAACGUAUGUAAUCGCGUUUCUCAGGCUUUUCAGAAUGAAUGUGUUUGCUUAGGUGUACAUAUGUGUCGGAUCAUCGUAUGCGAGUCUUAUUAAUAAUUCAUUUCACACGCGGAAUCAUCACAGCACCAGGACGGGGCUAAGCUCUGUACAUACGUUCCUAGUAAUUAAGAACGGUACUGCAUAUACUUGGUGUAUAGAGAUUUUUGACGAUCGCAUGCACGAGAAGGUAUACAGAGCGCACGCCGUUAAUUUUACAUAAACCCACGGGCCUGUAAACACUUGGAACACGUAGAGAUUGCAAACUUUCAUGAGUAAACCCAGAACUUUCUGUCGCUGAGUUUACUGCACGCUACAAUAUUUAUUCAAUGCUAGAUGACAACUACAGUGAAGUGCCGGCAUGACAUUGUUUUAACCUAAGCUGCGCUAGCACACUGUUGUAGGUUUUCAUUGCGUGAAACGCUGCUGAUACUUCUAACAAAUGUCUAGAGCUGCGUAUUUAUAUCUAGAAAACGACUGGAAUCUGUGUAGAACUUCAAGAAACUGGGUAACAGAAAUAAAGAGCACUUCUGUGUUAUGUCGGAGCAAAAAAGGACGCUAGUCUGUUUUUCGGUUAAAAGAAGUACGGCGCGUUAUUUUGAUCUCUUGAAAGAUUUUGAGAUUCUCGUGGGCAGAAAACUUCCGAUUUGAUGUAUUACUUAACGGUGUGCGCUUGCAAUGGACGUGAGGGGUAUCGAAAUUUUCACUAGAGCGUUCUGCCAACGUUGCAUAGAAUUCGAAAAAAAAAGAUGUCUCGUAUCACGCUUACGUUAGUUUUAUUGUCUAUUGCCCGGAAAAGCGGUUAAGGUAUACUGAACAGUGAAAACUGUUACGUAUUGGGUGCCAGUGAUAUGCUUUCUAAGGCUCUCAUGAUUCGUAAACCCUAGUUGUUUUCUUUUAAAAAACGACGUAUUUCUUAGCAUGCGAUAUCCCCUUUCUGGCGAGGAGGGUAAUGUGAUACCUGAGCGCACCUAAAAAAAGUUACGUGACUUCAACUACCGUAUUUACUAGUGUAAUACCAGCACUCGUAAGUGCUGGCUAGUGAUCGAUGUCUAAAAAUAGAUGAAUGAAUGUUAAUGUUGUCUACUGGCUGUCAUGACGUCAGCAUUGCCUCUUUCAGUCCAAUAUCUACGAUUUGUUCGUCUUCCAAUUUUUAAGUGAACUUUUGUUGUUUUAGUCCUUUAAUUUGAGAUUACUGUGUGCCGCUUGUAAUACACGAAGCCACAGAAACGCGAAAAGCGGGUAUCCAGUGGUUUCGUUCAGUUUUUUUCGUUUUGAGGGUAGCAGGGAGAAAAAUUUGUGUACUUUUGCAGAGUCAUCAAUGUGGCACGUUUUAACCUAGGGGCAAUUUUCUUACAUGUUGUUGCUCUGUGAUUUACGCAACGUUGUCGUAUACACAAAGAAAGACGCCGUGCAUCUGUUUUAAGCUGUGCGUUAGAAAUAAGCCACUGAGUGUUAUUUUUUGCGAAUAUUUGUCGUAUUUUUGUACAAAAUAAGCAGAAUAAAUGCAACUGCGAAUC